UGUUUUAUUGAUUAGCAGGUUGCAUCGAAAUGACAGCUAGUUCUUCAAAAGAUCUCUAAAUUUUAACCUCAAAAAAGUUCAGUAAAAUAUUUGAAUUCUACCUUGUAAAUUUUUAGUAUGAUGUAUGAAAUUAAAAGUAAUGGCAAAAUUGUUGAGACUGAGAGGAGGAAGACUUUAUUCCAAAUUGUUAUAUAUAAGCAUAAUAUGCUUAGCUGCAUUGAUAAUGUUCUACAUUUUUGAGGCUAUUUUUCGCGUAUUAGCUCCUUCUCCUAAAUUUUGCUCAGAUAAUGACACAAUUGAUGUCGUAUAUACCUGGGUCAAUGGUUCGGAUCCUAUUUUCCUGAAAGAACUGAAAUUUUUUUUAAAAACGAGGAACAUAUCAGUAGAUGACAAAUACUUAAGCCAAAGAUUUAUAGAUAAGAAUGAACUACAAUUUUCACUUCGAUCUCUCGAAAAAUUUGCACCAUGGAUUAAUCAUGUUUACAUAGUGACCAAUGGGCAAAUUCCAUACUGGCUAAAUUUGGAUUAUCCAAAAUUAACGAUAAUCACACACAAAGAAAUUUUUCUCAAUCGGGAUGAUUUACCUACAUUUUCUAGUCCUGCCAUUGAAUCUCAUUUGCAUAGGAUACCAGGUAUAUCAAAGAGAUUUUUAUACUUUAAUGAUGACGUCUUCCUAGGACAACCAAUUUUCAAAGAGGAUUUUAUUUCACAAAAUGAAGGUUACAAAUUGUAUUUUUCAUAUUCAUUGGGAAUGUGCUCACCACAAUGUUUUUGGGCAUAUGUUGCUGAUGAUCAAUGUGAUGAAGCUUGCAAUAAUUUUUACUGCCAAUAUGAUGGAGGUGACUGUGAAAAUUCAUACACUUCAUCUAAACAAAUACUAGUGGAUAAGAUUAAUUCUGUUGUUGAAAAAACAAAAAUUGAAAAUGACAUAAUAAAUGAUCAUAAAAUGGUCUCUAAGUUUAAAUUAUCCAAAAAAUUCAAUGAAACCAAUAAAAACUAUUCAACAGUAGUUGAAGAGUACAAUAAUAAUAUAAUAGAAAAUGAUAAAAUUAAAAAUAAGAGAUAUAGAAGGAAACAAAGAAAGUUACGUACAAUGAAAAGUCUUAGGAAUAACAGUAAAAAUGUUAGUUUUUUUAACAGGACCAGUUUUGCCUAUGGUGAUUCAUUGCAGCAUUCCAACAGAUUAUUCAAUUUGAAAUAUGGCUUCCUACCCAGAUUUGUACCGUCUCACACACCUGUGAUGGUUGAUAGAAAUGUUAUUGAAGAUCUGCAAAAGAAAUUUUUCAAAGAGGUAAUGGUAACCUCUAAAAAUAGAUUCAGGAAUCACGAUGACCUACAAUUCACGUUUGCUUAUUACUAUUUCAUAUAUCAUGAACGGAACCAAUUUAGUGCUGAACAAGUUUUCCAAAUGUUUGAUACUGACAUGUCAGGAACUUGGUCUGAUAGAGAAAUACGAACUCUUUUGACUCGAGUAUAUCAACUUCCUCUGAGCUAUGCGAUAGUGGAACAUUUUGAGUCAAUGCUUUUAAACUGUUCAGAAACCAAAAAGUUUACACAAGUUCAAACUCCUAAGUAUGAGAGAUAUUUAGACUCACGUUUGCCUGUUAUAACCCAGGAGUUGAUACUGAAUUGUCCUGAACUUGUCAAGAUGAUUGAAUCUACAUUUGGAAAUAAAAGAAAAUACAAAUAUAAAAUUGUCAGAAACUCUGAAGGACAAUAUAUUCACUUCAAACAACUGAAUUCUAACUUGACUGAUGUUGUAGGUCAGUUAGACGAAAUCAGAGGCGAUCCAAGGAAAUUUGUGUGCCUGAAUGACAAUUUGGAUUACACCAAAACAAAUGAGAAUGAGGUCAUAAAUUCCCUUCUAUAUGACUUCUAUCUGUCUUUUUUUCCCUUUCGAAGCAAAUAUGAACUGCCCAAAGAAUAUAGGAAUAAAUUUCUACACAUGAAUGAUCUGGAUGAAUGGAAGAAUCAUCAUUUAAGGAUAAAAUGCAUUGUCUUUCUUGCUUUAUUAUUUGUUAUUUACAUGAUAGGGUUUCGUACAUGUAUAAAAAAUAUUUGUGGAGUGUUUAAUCGUUUUUUUUGACUGAAAGUAUGAAAAAUUAUGAGAUAUCUUUAUGCCUCUUGUGAAAAAAAAUAUAUAUCUGUUCAUGCAGCAGUCCAGACCAGUUGGGAAUAGAGUAAUAUAAGCGUUCUAUAGUCCAAUCAGCUGUUAUGGUACAUUUUGUAAUGAUAAAUAAAGCAUAUGCUUCAUCCAAUGAACAGGUUACACUGAUUUGAAGUAAUUGUCAGUAGUCCUGAUUAAUCAGAAGCUUAUUUCAGCCAUGUGAAAAGUCGGAUGUCCUCCUUGUAUCUAUCCAACGAAUGCAUAGUCAGUUGAAUAUUUUAGACACCAAUGUUUAAUUGAUUAUGAGUCAUCUAAUUAGGAACUACUCUGGACUGCUUGCCCGAACAGACAUAUCAAUUGCAAUUCACGAGUUCAUGAUAGAAAAUGAAUUGAAACCUCAUUCUCAGUCUCAGAAGACGUUUGCCAAGCAGAACAUUGUGAUUUGAUUCUUUAUUACCAACAUCACUUGCAUACACUUUUAUCAAUCAAAAAACAUACAUACAGACUCACUACAAACUUGUUAGAUGUGUAACAUUACAAUAUAACAAAACUGAAUUUCUUUCGGUGAAGGGUGUUUUAAUAUUUAAUUUUAAACGAAAUAAAACACAUAUAAGUAAUGUUGAUUCAAAAGAUCUCAUUAGCGCUCAAAGAUGAUUUCUGGCAAAUACCCAGUUUUAGACAAUUUUAUCAACCAUUUGAAGGUUUAUAUCGCUAAUAACGCAGCGAAUGUUAACUUCCAAAUGGUCCAACGUCUGUUGUUUAUUGGUGAAGGUGAGGACUAGUGACUUCAAAUAUCCUCAGAGUAAUCAAUAGGUGCAAGAUGGAGAGUACUUCACAGGUCACAUGAAAUUUUACACUCAUUGAAUGUAUCACGCAGUAAGUCGAUGUCGUCGCGCGCUGAAUGGCAUGUUGCGCUAUCUUGUUGAAACUUUAAACCAAAGCACGAAUUACUGUGCAUCAACUCAUUCAGUUCCUCAUGAACUCUACACAUUGCUCUGUUCUGAUGUAAAUCUAUCAAUGGUGAAAUGGCAAAAAUUACAAACCACAAAUAAUACUGUCACUAGAAAAAGCGUUGCCAAUUCGAAAAUCAAACGUCUGAAAAACACCCUUCAUUUGAUAUCAGAUCCCAAAGUUUCUAUCACAGAAUAUUGCAUACAGUUUCAUGUUAAUGAAUGUACUUAAAUCCUCUACAACAUUUGAUUGCAAAAAAAAUUGCUGCAGAAUAAUAAUUUGAUCUCAACUAUGCAAUCAACGCAGAUGCUAACUAAUCAGUUUUUGAAUCAUGUCAAAUCUUAGCUUGAUACCGCAUUGCUCUGUUAGAUUUACGCAUGAGUUAACAUUUGCGUUGAUUAACCUUCAACAAAUCGGCCGUCACGAUUCUUAAUCAAUCUCAGUUAUAUUUUUGCAAAAUUGUUAAUUAUAAGUAUUGAAAUAAAGCGAUAACAAGAC